AUGAAUCCUACCAACCAAAAGCAAUCGCAAACUGCGGAUACGCAAGGAUCACUAGCUACGGGCGAGAAAGAAGCUACAGUGGAAGUAGUCCCAGCUGAUGCAAAUGUGUUUGCUGCACCACAGCGGGAGCGGAAUUUCAUUGUGAGACCAGGAUUCGUUUAUUACUUAGUAACCAUGUCGUUCUGCGAAGGAUUGAAAUUCGGAUUGUACCUUAAACACUAUCAAAAUCAAGUUAUUGUCAGCAACGUGGAAGAAGAUUCUCUAACCUCAAAGACACUGAAAGUAAUGGAUCGCAUUAUUGACGUUAAUUCCACACCAGUGUCGGACAAGGACGUUUGUAUGACCUUAAUAACAAGCGCACUAACACAGGCUGGAGUUGUGGAUAUGAUUAUUGAACGACCAGUCGAUGCUGUGGCGAUCGAGAUCAUGGAGAAAGCGCUCUCGGAUUCUUUGCAACAGACACCUUCAGUGCUUAUGGCUUCUGAUGUGAAAUCAAUUGUUUUACGAUACAAUGAAAGGCGGAAAAGUGGUUACUACGAAAAGAAACGGUCUAGCAUUCUACGCCAGCCAGGUCCAGUGAACAGAGAAUACGGGCAUGUGAUAAUUCCACAAAAUGAGCGCAACGAAAUGCUUAUCGGUGUGGAUGACGAAAAGAGGAUACAACACUUACGUAGGGUGCCUUUCAAACAGAGCUCGAGAUCACCACGUCGCAAAAGAAAAUCGAAGAAGAAAUCCUGA